AUGGAUUGUGAAGACCAUACCGAUAUGGCAUAUACUCCCCCGCUCUCGUCACGCUCCGGGAGCAGGAUGCGAACGAAGACCAACCAACCGCCCCAGGAAACUGUCAAGCAAUUCUGGAAUGAUUUCAACUCCAAGUUUCCGGGGCUGGUCAACACCGUAUUGCCGGACAAUCCGUAUGCGCGCACGAAGGCUGCGAGGACACCCAAGGGGGUGAUCCAAGCUCAGGUGGCCGGAAAGUCCUACGAACAAGCACGGAAGGAGUGUCAACGUUCAGUUGAGCGCAUCGCUAGGGAAUGCGAGCGGCUGAAUCAGAAGUACUCUGAUCCGCAUUUCGAUAUCGCCGCAGAUCUCAAGCGCGGAAGGAGGAACUAUCUUGAUGGACUGAUGGACCAAAACUUGGAGUUGCGGCCAAGAGGCGUGAAGAGGGUAACGGAAAUCUUUGAGAAACCGCAGUUCUACGUCAACGGGCCUACUGCUUCUGAUGUACGCCAAGGCCGCGACGGUGACUGUUGGCUGAUGGCCGCGUUGUGUACGAUGGGCAACAAGCCCGGCCUGAUUGAAGAUGUUUGUGUUGCUCGAAAUGAGAAGGUUGGCGUAUACGGAUUUGUAUUCUACAGAGAUGGAGACUGGCAGCAAUGUAUUGUGGACGAUAAGCUGUAUCUGCGGGCCGCCGAUUAUGACGAAUCCGUGGAUGAGCGGCCAAUUUGGGACGACAUAAACAGGAAAGACACCGAAGAAGAGUAUCGCAAAGCCUGGCAGACGGGCUCUCGAGCUUUGUACUUUGCUCAGUGCGUGGAUGAGAACGAGACUUGGCUGCCCUUGCUCGAGAAAGCCUACGCCAAGGCUCAUGGUGACUACUCUGCAAUUGAGGGUGGAUUUGUAGGCGAGGCCCUUGAGGACCUGACUGGUGGGGUCACUUCAGAUUUACUCUCUAGUAACAUCUUAGACAAAGACCGGUUUUGGAAUGAGGAGCUCAUAAAGGUCAACAAGGAGUUCCUCUUCGGCUGUGGCUGCGGUCUGUUCUCUAACUGGCUGGACCCGGGCUACCGAGGGCCUCCCAGAGACAGGAGGGGGAUUUCGGAGAAUCACUCCUAUUCCAUCAUGGAGGCGCGGGAAAUCGACGGACAACGCUUGCUGCGACUAAGAAACCCAUGGGGCAAAAAGGAAUGGAAUGGCGCUUGGAGCGACGGCUCUGAACAAUGGACACCCGAGUGGAUGGCGAAGUUAGGGCAUAAGUUUGGCAACGAUGGGUUUUUCUGGAUCUCAUAUGAUGACCUUCUCAAGAAGUACCAGCACUUCGACCGAACUCGCCUCUUUAAUGAUGACUGGACAGUUACUCAACAAUGGACAACAUUAAAUGUUCCCUGGUCCGCCGACUAUCACAACACCAAGUUCGUCAUCAACGUGAGCAAAGGUGGGCCUGUAGUUAUCGUUCUCUCGCAGCUCGACGAUCGGUACUACAAAGGACUAGCCGGUGAAUACGAUUUCGUCCUCAAGUUUCGCUUGCAAAGGGAAGGCGAGGACGACUAUUUUGUGCGCAGCCACAGCAGCGAUCUUAUGUACCGCGGCGUGAACGUCGAAGUCGACCUCGAGCCCGGCCGUUAUCAUGUCCUCAUGAAAGUCACGGCCUACCGCGACAACGAGAAGAUGCCCACCGAGGACGUGGUGCGUAGCCUUGCGCCCACCCGCCGGGAGAAGCUGGUCCAGAUCGGCCUCUCGUACGACCUGGCCCACGCGAAGGGCAUCGUGCCUGAGACAGAGAACGAGAAACGAGCCCGCGAGGAGCGGGAAGAGCGACAGCGGGCCGUCGAACGAAGGAAGCUCCGCGAGGAGACCAAGAAGCGACUGCAGAAGCAGUGGAUCCGCGACCGCAAGCGCGAGGCACGACGGCACCGACGCGAGGAGCGACUCGCCGAAGAGGCUGCGCGGGGGGCCUCCUGCCACAAGGGAUCCGACGCGGCGGAACACACCGACGACGCUUAUACCGAUCAUGAUCAUGAUCAUGUCUCACAAGCAAAGGCAAAACCAGUAGAGAACGGCUCUAUCCCUACGAUCCAGGUCAGCAGCUCACAUGUUGUCAACGGCCACGAUCACCCGAGGGGCCGAGUCUCCCUCUCAAUUCGCGACAAGCGCGCUCCGGUCCACACUCCCAACCCCGAUCUGAAGUAUCUCGAGGGGUUCGAGUUCGAUUCCGAUCUCGAUAUGCCCCCGGAGGAGCCGGCCGCGGAACCAAGGACCCCGGCCCGUACUUUGUCGUGCAGUAGCGAGCUGGAUGCGAACGGGGAUCCGUGGAAUGCCGUCUGCGUGGUGGGUUUGCGGGUCUACUCGAAGGACUCGGAGCUAUCGCUGGAGGUUCUCCGUCCUGUCCCCGAGGAUGAAACGGAGGCUUGCCUAGACAUGGAUGAUCCGGCCGUGAGUGCGACUUCGGAGAAGCAGCCUCGGAUUCUGUCUGGUAUUUAA